CAGAGACCGAGCGGCUCCUGACCCCCAACCCUGGGUAUGGGACCCGGGAGGGGGCUUCACCAGCCCCUCCAACCCCCCCAGAAGAGGAGGACCUCCGCCGUCGUCUCAAAUACUUUUUCAUGAGUCCCUGUGACAAAUUUCGGGCCAAGGGCCGCAAGCCCUGCAAGUUGAUGUUGCAGGUGGUUAAGAUCCUGGUGGUCACUGUGCAGCUUAUCCUGUUCGGGCUCAGCAACCAGCUGGUGGUAACAUUCCGGGAAGAGAACACCAUUGCCUUCCGACACCUCUUCUUGCUGGGCUACUCGGAUGGGGCAGAUGACACCUUCGCAGCCUACACGCAGGAGCAGCUCUACCAAACCAUUUUCCACGCUGUGGACCAGUACCUGAUGCUGCCGAAUGUGUCCCUGGGCCGGUAUGCCUAUGUCCGCGGAGGGGGCAGCCCUUGGGCCAAUGACUCAGCACUGGCCCUCUGCCAACGAUACUACCACCGCGGCCAUGUGGACCCCGCCAAUGACACCUUUGACAUCGACCCAAUGGUAGUCACUGACUGUAUCCAGGUGGAUCCCCCCGAGCGAGCCCCUCUGUCCCCCAGUGAUGGUCUCGCCCUCUCGGAUGGCAGCUCCAGUUACAAGAACCUCACGCUCAAAUUCCACAAGCUGGUCAAUGUCACCAUCCACUUCCGGCUGAAGACCAUCAACCUCCAGAGCCUCAUUAACAACGAGAUCCCAGACUGCUACACCUUCAGCGUCCUGAUCACAUUUGACAACAAGGCGCACAGUGGGCGAAUCCCCAUCAGCCUGGAGACCCAGGCCCACAUCCAGGAGUGUAAGCACCCCAGUGUCUUCAGGCACGGAGACAACAGCUUCCGGCUCCUGUUCGAUGUGGUCGUCAUCCUCACCUGCUCUUUGUCCUUCCUGCUGUGUGCCCGCUCACUGCUGCGAGGCUUCCUGCUACAGAAUGAGUUUGCUGGGUUCAUGUGGCGCCAGCGGGGCCGGGUCCUCAGCCUGUGGGAACGGCUGGAAUUUGUCAAUGGCUGGUACAUUCUGCUGGUCACCAGUGAUGUGCUUACCAUCUCAGGCACCAUCAUGAAGAUAGGCAUUGAGGCCAAGAACCUGGCGAGCUAUGACGUCUGCAGCAUCCUUCUGGGUACGUCAACGCUGCUUGUGUGGGUCGGCGUCAUCCGCUAUCUGACCUUCUUCCACAAAUACAACAUUCUCAUCGCCACUCUGCGAGUGGCCCUGCCCAGCGUCAUGCGUUUCUGCUGCUGUGUGGCCGUCAUCUACCUGGGCUAUUGCUUCUGUGGCUGGAUCGUGUUGGGGCCCUAUCACGUGAAGUUCCGCUCGCUGUCCAUGGUGUCCGAGUGUCUGUUCUCACUCAUCAACGGGGACGACAUGUUCGUGACGUUUGCGGCCAUGCAGGCGCAGCAGGGCCACAGCGGCCUGGUCUGGCUCUUCUCCCAGCUCUACCUCUACUCCUUCAUAAGCCUCUUCAUCUACAUGGUGCUGAGCCUCUUCAUUGCACUCAUCACUGGCGCCUAUGACACCAUCAAGCACCCGGGCGGCGCAGGCGCAGAGGCGAGCGACCUCCAGGCCUACAUAGCACAGUGCCAGGACACCCCCACCUCCGGCAAGUUCCGCCGCGGGAGCGGCUCAGCCUGCAGCCUCCUCUGCUGCUGUGGAAGGGACGCAUCGGAGGAACAUUCGCUGCUGGUGAAUUGACUGGACCGCGACUGCCACUCACUUGACCCCGGACUGCGGGGACCCCCGCUUAUUUAUUUUUAGGGUUUGCUUUUACGAGUCGGCUCCUGCCGCGCCCUGGGAGAGCCUUGGUCAGUCAGGCCGGACCCUGGAGGGUGGGGAGACAGGGGUGGGGUGGGUGUUAAAUAAACGGGAAAAUAAACGUGCCGUUCUCCUU